AUGGCGGCUCCCGAGGCCCCGGUGCAGGAGAAAGUCUUCCGUACAACAGGGCGGCCUACAGACUCGGAGCCACGCCCCCUCUCGCCCAGCCCCCGGAAGUUUCCUUUUGAAAGCGUGGCGGCAGACUCAGCCGAGGGCUGGGCGGUUACUGCGGAGCAACUUUUGAAAGGGAACGAAGAGGACUGCGGGCUGGAGCGGCUGGCGCCGGGGGCCCAGCCGAGCCACCCGGCUACGAUGGCCAGUGCUAAAACGGUGUGCGACGCGCAGCCCAACUCGAUGGCGAGCGGCGGCCUGCCCGCAGAUGCACAAACUCGAACUACUUCUAAGCUACCUAUUAAGUCCAAAGAAGCUGAUGCCUUUAGACAUCUUCAUCCAGGAGGGUCAGACCCUGACGUUACAAAAGUCACCAAACCGAGACGCGAGAAUGGGCACGUGAGAGUUGCAGAGCCUGCUAGCAGGAAGAACAUCAGGAAGGGCUACAAACCACUGAAUAAGCAAAAACCAGAGGAGGAACUAAAGGAUAAAAACCAGCUCCUGGAGGCCGUCAACAAGCAGUUACACCAGAAGUUGAUGGAGACGCAGGGAGAACUGAAGGACCUGACCCAGAAAGUGGAGCUGCUGGAGAAGUUUCAGGAUAACUGCUUAGCAAUCUUGGAGAGCAGAGGCCUCAACCCAGGCAGCGAGACCCUGGCAUCACAGCGGGAACCUACAACAGAUCACACGGACUCCAUGCGGCUGCUGGAAACGUUGCAGAAUGAACUGAAGGUUUUCAAUGAAACUGCCAAGAAGCAGAUGGAGGAGCUACAGGCCCUGAAGGUGAAGUUGAAGCUGAAAGAAGAAGAAAGGAUGCAGUUCCUGGAGCAGCAAACCUUAUGUAAGGACCAAGCCAGUGACUUCACAAUAGUCCUGGAGGAAAUGGAGCAGCUUUUAGAAAUGUAAUACAAGGCAAGUGGCUAGAUGGCUUCUUCCUGGGGUAAACUCCAGUCACCUUCAAGGACUCACCAUCCCUUAUAGAGAAGACCUGCUGCAGUUGAGGGCGGUGGAUGCGGAUUGGGGCUCCUCCUUAAGCAGACUCCCCACCUUCAGAUUGCCCAGCUCACCUGAGCCUCACAAAUUGCUAAUGGAGACCUGCAAGAUAGGGACCUGGAAGCUUGACUCCACCUCGUGCAUGGCAGAGCACCGACCCUUAGAACCAGGAUGCUAAACCAGCCACCUUGGAGAAUCUAGAGGCUCUGCCUCGGAAUCAUGGGAAGAAAGCCCUCAUAUGACAGCACAUGUACUCUAUGGGAGCUGUCACUGGGAGCCAUGCUGUCCCCUUUGUCCAUCUGGUUGAGCUGAAUUUACGAACUUGAAAUCCCUGAAGUUUCUGGCUUAAUAAAUGGGGUAGAAGUAUACAAAGUAACACCUACCUGAAACACAUAGCACUUGGAGCUUUUUAAGUACUGCUUUUGAAAUAAAUGCUUAUGUGAGUAUUAAUGUUCUGACUGACUGAGGAAUGAAAAUAGCCCAGUGUAGUGGCUUAUGUCUAUAAUCAUAGGACUUGGGAAGCUGAGGCAAGAGGAUUGCCUUGGGUUAGAGGUUAACCCAGGCUGCAGAGAUCCUGUCAAACAAUGAGGAAAGGGGAAGGAGGAAGGAUUAAGUAGCACAGCCUAGAUACAGGAGUUGAGCACACUGGUGCUCUGAUUCACGCAGUAUUUUUCCUCCACCCGUUACUGCUGUGACAGCCCCUUGCCUCCCAGGGUUGUUGCUUCUGCGUCUGUGCAGUGUGUGCCAGGCUCUAGUCGCUGGGUGUGUGGCCAGUUGCUGCCUUUGCUCUUCUGUUUGUCAGUGGUUUAUCUACCACAGCCAACCAGAGCCUCAUCCCACAGGGCCUAUGGUCUCUGUGGCCCACGGCCUGGCACCCAUGGUAGCCUCCCCUUAAGGUCACCAAAAGUGUCGCCAUGUUUUCUUUCUUAACAGAAAUAUACCAGCUUUGCUUUAGCUAUCUCCUGCUGUUUUGUGCCUUCCACUGUCUUCACCAAACUUGCCUAAUAAAUCCUUCAAAAUCACUAUGGCUGCCCACAGUCCACCAUCUCCAGUGAAGCCAAGUAAUGUCCAUACUUUUUUUCUUUCUUUUUCAAAUGUGUUAAAUGGUUUGUAACAUAAAGGCACAAAUAAGGACCAUCACACAGUAGGUAAAGCAACACACAUUCACCGUGCAAGGUGG